AUGACAGGCCAGAUGCUCUCCCGCUCCCAGCAGUGGGAUCACAACAUUGCUGCCAAAGUUGCAGAAUUUACGGCCACAUUUGAGAAGGAGGUCCUUGCCUUAAAUAUAAUCUCCCGCAAGCGAGAUCUUGGGGAGUUCCGAUCAGAGGAGAGGUUAAUAAUUGAGCAGGCUCUUCUACAGGAAGAGAGGCGAGCCCUGAUUGAAGUGUGGGCAGAAAUAGGCUCAAGGCAGAAGGCAUGUCGGGAGGCUCAUGGGGCUAAUUUGCGUAAUGCGGCCAUUGUUCACCCUGGGCAGGCUCAUGAGAGGGAAAAACAGAAGGUGAGAGAGGAGACGAAAAGGAUGGGUUUAGAUACUACUGAUAUCGACGCCGAGGAUGAAGAGGAUUACAUGGGUGUGGGCCUGAUCAUCGAGAAGCUCGAGAAGGAGAAGCUCAAAGACCCCGAUGUCAACCUCAACUUGUACGAAGAGGCCAUUGACUCGGACACCAACGACGACGAUGAACGCUUCACCCCUGACGCCAUUAAGAAGCGAUCUGACAAGUUCAAGAAGAAGUUCAAGUGGCACGAAGAGCUCCUCAAGAGCUUCACCAACGCUGAGACGCUUGACGAUGCUUUCAAGUGGAUGAAUAAAAUUGAUAAGAUUGAGCAAAAGCAUUUCCGGCUCCGCCCGGAGGUCAUCAGAUUAGUUGAGUGGAAGGAAACUUACGAUCCUAAUAACCCCACCAAUUAUGGAGUCAUUCAACAUGAACAAUUAGGGCCCUCUGUUGAUCUUCUGGAACAUGCCAGAUUUGACAAGGAAAAGCAAAUCAUACAAGGUGUUGGACUUGAUGAGGACGAUGAGGAGGAGUUCAACGACAUGAAAGAGAAGGAUGAUAUAUUGUUGGAGAAACUCAAUGCUAUGGACAAUAUACAGGGGUACAUCCUAGUUGAGCCUGCUUGGACAAGGCUGUUCAAUGGAGUAAAGCAUGUCCAUUUUUGGGUUUCAGGCCAGAAGCUCUCCCGUUCCCAGCCGUGGGAUCACAACAUUGCUGCCAAAGUUGCAGAAUUUAUAGCCACAUUUGAGAAGGUCCUUGCCUGCAAUAUAAUCUCUUGCAAGCGAGGUCUUGGGGAGUUCCGAUCAAAGGAGAGGUUAAUGAUUGAGCAGACUCUUCUACAGGAAGAGAGGCAAGCUCUGAUUGAAGUACGGGCAGAAAUAGGCUCAUGGCAGAAGGCAGGUCGGGAGGCUCAUGAGGCUAAUUUGCGUAAUGCAGCCAUUGUUCACCCUGGGCAGGCUCAUGGUGAGAUGAUAGUGAAUAGGAGUUAA